CAAAAUUUGUGUAUUCCAUUCAAUAUUUAUCUCUUAUAGUUACUUGCAAAUGUCCCGUCGAAGUGAAAACAUUUAAUUGUGAUUAAAGUGUUUUUUCAUCCAUAUAGUUAUCAUCUUAUGAUUAAAUUUGCUUUAUUUUAACUUUUAAGUUUUGUGAUUAUCAAAAUUUUUUAAUAUACGAAAAAGUUUCAAAUCUAAGUGAUUUUUCAGCUUUCAAAUCUGUAACAGUUAUCAAUUUGAAUAAUGGAUAGUUCAUCACCCACAAGUCCAGUUCCAACGGCAAGUCCAUCGGCUUUGUUGCUUAGAUCUGCCGCUGAAAGAUAUCAACGUACACCUAAAUGUGCUCGAUGUCGAAACCAUGGAGUUGUCUCAGCUUUAAAGGGACACAAACGUUAUUGCCGAUGGAAAGAUUGUUCUUGUGCAAAAUGUACUCUUAUUGCUGAACGUCAGCGAGUUAUGGCCGCUCAGGUUGCUCUUCGACGGCAACAGGCCCAAGAAGAAAACGAAGCUCGAGAAUUAUCAAUGCUGUAUGGCUGCCACGAAGGUAUAAUGGCCAUGCACCGAGCGGGACUAACAUUUUCCGCCGCAAUGGCCCAGAUCAUCCAAGUACCAGCAAAUAAUAGUAAAUCAAAUGGCGAUGAAGAAAAUCAGAAUGAAUCAUCAAAUGGAACCAAAGUGAAUCGUAAAGAAAAGAAGUCUUCAUGUAAAAAAGAGCCCAUGGAUCUUCAUGUAAGAAACACAACCGGAGUAAAGAGCCAAGAACCAUCUAGUCCAACUCAUAACAAUACACCAGAUUGGCCUUUGCCCAAUAAACGGCCUCGUUUAUCCGAUUCUGCCGGUGAACCGAUUGGUAAUAUUAGCGGUGAUUCUGAUGAUGAUGAAACAGAUGAACAAGGAAGUGAAUCUGAAGAUUUACCUGGUUUUCCUGAUCAACAACAAGGUAAAAACCAUUCAACACUUAUGCCUGUUAAAGGUGUAGAAAAUGUUACUAUUGGUCAACCCUUUAUUGUCCAAAAUGGACUAACAGAUAAUACAAAUGAUGAUGAAGAUGAUUUAUCUUCAUCUCCUAAACCAAUGGAAACAGAAUCAAUGAUAGAAAACAACAACAACUGUAAACAAAUUAAACUCGACGAACGUUCAAAAAAAAGCUCCAACAGUGUUAAUAGUAAUAAUAAUAAACCAUUGGAUCGGUUACCUAAACGUUCAACUCUCGAAAUAUUAUCAGAACUUUUUCCUUUCCAUAAACAAUCAACACUAAUCAAAGUAUUGGAAAGUUGUGGAGGUGAUGAGGUUACAGCAAUUAAACAAUUGUUCAGUUCAAUGGCUGUUAAUGUUACUCCUGAAGUUAUUUCAGCUAAACGAUCAGCAUCAACAUCACCUUCAGAUUUAUCACCAAACAAUAAUAAUAAUAAUAAUUCAAUAGGUAACCAUUAUCAUAAUCAUCAUCAGUCACGUCACAAUGCUACCAAUGUUAAUAAUAAUAUCAAUAACAUUAGCAAUAAUACCGGUGGUAAAAAUAUUGAUGAAAAUAGUUUAUCUCAACUGGAAUCAUCUUCAUCUGAUGUUAAUGGUAAUUCACCUCGAGAUUUAUCAACAAAUAAAAUGUCAUCAACAAACUUAUUGAAAGAUCAUUCAUCAUCCUCAUCAACAACAGCAGCAGCAGGAAUAUCAUCUCACCCUCCUCUUCCUCCUCCUCCUCCUCCAUCUCAUCACUAUCAUCAUCAUCAUCAUAAUCAUCAGCAACAACAGAAUCCUUCAUCUAAUCAACAUCACCAUCAACAACAACAAAAUAAUCAGCAACAUCAAACCACUACAACAACAUCACCAUCACAAUUUUUCAAUCAUUUGAUUCCAGGAUUAGCUGAAAGUUUCAUUGGACAAGAUAAAAGUUCAUUAACAUCACCAUUGUUAAUUUCACCCUCAGCUCAUCAUCCUCAUCAUCGAGAUUCUCAUUCUCAUCAUCAUCAUCAUAGACGAUCUUCAUCCAAUCAGCAACAGUCACAACAACCAAAUCAAUCACCUGUUUCUCCCGGAGGGCUUCAUCAUUUAGCAUCUCUUCAUCCCUCAUUGUCACCCUUUCAACGGACUCUUCUCAAUGUUGGCUCACCUUAUGCAAACCUUUUUCCAGGUUUCCCCUCAGCAGCAGCGGCGGCGGCGGCUGCUGCUGCGGCAGCGGCAGUGGUCGUGUCCUCGGGAUCAACUUCACCAACUUCCUCAUCCUCCACAAUAUCAGCAAUCAAUACAACAAACAGUUAUCCACUCUUUGGAUCUACUCCAGUCUCUAGCCAUCAACUUUCCUCCUUGAGCCCUCCGAUAAGUUCACCAAAUUACUCGGCUCGAAUGGCCUCACUUCGAAUACAAAACGAUCUAAUGGCCCUUCCUCAUCUUCUCUCUCAAAAUUUCAAUAAAACUAAAAAUUCGUCAUCUCCGUCACGACGAAAUACAUCAGAUUGGAUUUUAGAAGAAAAAAAUGUUCCCACCUCCACAUCACCUCAACCUCCACCUCCUUCAUCGUCAACACCAUCAUUAGCUCAUCCAAAUGCUAAUACUUUAUCUCCAUCAUCUUCAUCCUCAUCACCUUCAAACGCAUCAACAUCUUCCCUUUCAAAUAAAUUAAUCGACUAGAAAACUAAUUAAUACAAUAAAUUGACAAAACAAAAACUGUCAAACUUUAGUUGACAAUAGUUUCAAAUUUCCCCCCUUCUCUCUCUCUCUCUCUCUCUUGCAAACCCAAUUUGUAUUUCCAAUGUUGCUCACCUUUGUUGUUUAACUUAAUCACCAUAAUCUUUAAUCAUUAUUAUUAAUCAAAACUAAAUUAAAAUGUAACCAUUAACACUAAUUAGCUCAAAAGUGUACAUACUAAGAGAAGCAACUUCAUCAAAAAGUAGUAGUUGCAACUAAAG